AUGAAGUUUACCGCGCAGCCCCUCGUGAUUCUCGCGCUGUCUUCUCUCGCGCUCGCCGUACCGGUCGAGACGGGGGAUGCCGUGCUCACUAAGAAGGCAGAUGCAUGCACCAUCGCGUUGACAGACCGAUAUAUGUUCAGCGACUCCAUCGAGGUCUUUCAAGGAAACCGUAACAGCAAGAACCCAUCCUGCUUCGACUGGAGUUCCGACGGCUGCACGGCAUCUCCAGACAGACCGGCUGGGUUCAACUUCGCCCCAUCAUGCCAGCGACACGAUUUCGGAUACCGCAAUACCAAAAAGCAGCAGCGAUUCACCGAACCACUUAGACUGCGAAUUGAUGAUAUGUUCAAGGCCGAUCUGUACAAGGAGUGUGGUAAACACAGUGGAGCGAAGAGGAGUGAAUGCCAGAGAAUCGCGGAUCUAUACUACGCGGCAGUCCGACGAUGCGGUGGUGGACAAUGCACAAAUGAAGCAUAA